CUCUUGGAGAAGAGAAGAGAGAAAUAGAGUGAGCCUUUUCUGUUUGUUGUUUGUUUCCACUGAGACUGAGUGAUGAAUUGUGUACUUGGCAUUCUCUGCCUCUUUGGGCUAUUGCUAUUGCUUCCUGGGUUUUCUUCUUCACAUCCCUUAUGUACUGACUCAACUGCACCUUCGACUCCAAAGACACCUCUCACCUUCUGCCCUUACAAAGGAAAUGUCUGUUGUAAUUCUACCCAGGAUCUUCAAUUGCAGACACGUUAUCAGUCUAUGAACAUCUCAAAUCCUACCUGUGCUUCUCUUAUGAAAGCAAUUCUCUGUGCGACUUGUGAUCAAUUUUCAGCCGAGCUGUUUACAAUUGAUUCUAGGCUUCGGUCAGUUCCUGUUCUAUGCAACUCCACCGUCUCAGUAGGUUCAUCACAGUCUAACGGUGCAGCGAAUGACUUUUGUGGAAUAGUUUGGGAUACAUGCUAUAAUGUGUCUAUGUUGAAUUCCCCUUUUGCUCCAUUGCAAGGCAGUCAAAAUGUGGAUUCCACUUCUUCCAAACUUGCUGAUCUUUGGCAGUCAAAAACUGAAUUCUGUAAAACAUUUGGGGGAGCUUCUGGUAAAGAUUCAGUAUGUUUUGAUGGUCAACCAGUUUCACUAAAUAAUGCUGAAACUUUGCCUCCCACAAGCGGUCUGUGCCUUGAGAAAGUUGGGAAUGGAACUUACAUAGAUAUGAUUGGUCAUCCUGAUGGAUCUAAUCGUGUCUUCUUAUCUGACCAACAGGGUAGAAUCUGGUUGGCAACUGUUCCUGAUGUGGAAUCUGGGGGAACAUUAGAACCUAGUGAACUGAGUCCAUUUCUAGAUAUAUCAGAUAAAGUAUCUUUUUUUAACGAUCUAGGGUUAAUGGGCAUCGCAUUUCAUCCAAACUUUAUGAAAAAUGGCCGCUUCUUUGUUUCAUUCAACUGUCAAAAGUCUAUAUGGGAUGGAUGUUCUGGGAGGUGCUCAUGUGAUUCAGAUGUGAAUUGUAAUCCUUCAAACAUUCCUUCUUCUAACAUGGGUUCUCCAUGCCAGUAUUAUAGUGUCAUCUCAGAAUUCUCAGCUAAUGGUACUACGUCGCAAGUUUCAUUGGCUACAAAUGGUAAUCAAGUAGAAGUUAGAAGAAUAUUUACUAUGGGCCUUCCUUAUACAAGUCAUCAUGGGGGUCAGAUUCUCUUUGGACCCGACGGGUAUUUGUACUUCAUGAUGGGAGAUGGUGGGAGUGUUGGUGACCCCUACAAUUUUUCCCAAAACAAGAAAUCUUUGCUUGGAAAGAUCAUGAGGUUCGAUGUGGAUAACUUUCCAAGUGCAACACAAAUAACUGCACUCGGUCUAUGGGGAAACUAUUCUAUCCCAAAAGAUAAUCCAGUUUCUCAAGACAAUGAAUUGCGGCCUGAAAUUUUUGCUUUGGGGCUUAGAAAUCCUUGGCGCUGUGCUUUUGAUCCAGAGAGGCCUUCCUAUUUUCUCUGUGCAGAUGUUGGCGAGGAUUUAUAUGAAGAGGUUGAUCUUAUCACAAAAGGUGGCAACUAUGGAUGGCGUGUUUUUGAGGGUCCCUAUGUUUACAAUCCUCAACAAUCUCCUGGUGGAAAUACAUCUGCCAACUCAAUAAAUCCCAUCUUCCCUGUAAUGGGAUAUGACCACUCUGCUAUAAAUAAGAACCUACAAACAGGGGGAGCAGCAAUCAUAGGUGGAUACUUCUAUCGGUCCAUGUCCGACCCAUGUACAUAUGGAAGUUACAUAUAUGCCGAUUUCUAUGCGGAAGCUAUAUGGGCUGGUUUUGAAAAUCCAGAAAACAGUGGACACUUCACCAGCAACCAGGUUCCUUUCACAUGUGCUAAUGACUCCCCAAUCCAAUGUAAAUUCACAGAAGGAAAUAGUCUCCCUGCUUUGGGUUACUUUAGCUCAUUUGGGCAGGAUAAUAAGAUGGAUGUCUAUUUUUUUACCACUAGUGGUACGUACAGAAUUGUUCGUCCAAGUCGCUGCAACUACAUGUGCUCAAAGGAAAAUGUUACAUCCAUUGCAAGUCCAAGUCCCUCACAUUCCCCCUCAUCUGGGACCUCAAUAAGGAAACAACAUUAUGACCUGGUGCUUUUGUUCUCUCUAUCAAUGCUUCUAGUGGGGCUUAUUUUUUGAGCUCUUUGCUGAUGUUCUUUUCUAUAUGGAGAAUCUUGUAGCAAGGGGGAGGGGGAGG